AUGUGGAAGAAUGAAGAUGAAGCAAAAGAAUUUCGUGCCCGUGUAAGGCGUGAGAUGAGGAGUGAAGUACACGGCUGGAGUGGUAUUCAGUAUGGAAAUGAAGGUGAAAUUCAAUUUGUAAAUUCAGAUGGAGAAUGGAAACGUUUAAAGAAGUCAAGCUCGGGAGAUGAUUAUAGACCAUGUUCACAUAUCGAGUCCGAAUAA